CCUCCUAGGCACACCUGCAAGUGCUCACUCCUGGCCCCUAGUCUUUUGGACGGUGGCUUUGAGCACUAGUUCUGCGCUCAGAGCUUAGUGACUGGAGAGAAGAGGUCACACGUGCCCACAGUAUUGCACUGAAAACUGACUCAGACCUGCUAUAAGGACGGAAACAGCUUUCUAAGAAUCACGUUGAUUUGGUCCCGGAGUUCGUAUAAAUUGUAUUUGAAUUAGAAGGUCCAAGGACUAAGAGGAGCCACAUUCAGUUGCACUUCCUCUAGAGGAGAAAAGCCAGCUUCAGCCGGCAACAUGCCCUACACAUUUGACUUGCUCAGCAAAGAUGUGGUCAAAAAACUUCAAGGAAAAGAUCUGAGGCCUGUCAAAUACCUGUCAGAUGCAGCCAAAUUCCGCCAGUUUGAUAUACUGCAGAAGGCUGCUCAAUCGUUGUUUUGGAAAUCUGAAGAUACUCCAGUUGGAUACUCCCUCCUGCAGAUCUUGGAGCCAAAUUUUCCCAUCCCAGAGCCUGAAGUGUCAGCUCCCUUGUCUCUCAAACACACGUUAUCCCAGAAACUGAAGGCUAAUGCGGAUGUCCAAGCCAUUGCAGAAGGAAGUGCGUCAACAGAAUUUGCUCAGUCCUGUGGAUAUGACAUUGAGGUUCAGAAGACUAGCCUCCCAUACUCAAAACUGGAAAGUCUUCAAAACAGGAAACUUUUGGAUCAGGAGCCGUAUUUUGUGAAGGAUUACCGGAUGGGGAGGACCAACCUAUACGUGGUGACAGAGGCCUAUGAAGUGACCAAGGACACUGUGCUGGAAGACAGCAGCAGCGUCGACCUUUCAGGAAAAGCGCUCAUCCCCCAGUAUGUCAAGGGUCAAGCCCAGGGACAGUGGCAAAGGAAGAGGACAGAUUCAGUGACUAUCCACAAGGGUUCGGUGGUGGCCUACAAGAAGAAGCAACUGGUCAUUGAGAAUAACACUUGUGCCAUUCUCCUUUCUGCUCAUCCUAAGAAGAAAACCUUCCUAGGAAUGCUUAAUAUGCGGCCUAGGUGUGGCUUCCUUGCCAGAUCCGAAGAGUUCCGAAGUGGCAUUGAGACAAAUUUCAAACGCCUACAAGAUGAAGUUUCCCUGAGAACAGAGCAACUGUCCCUGCUCUCAAAGGAUGCUCGAGAUGUCGUGUUCUCCAGUCUCCUGCCCUUGCUCAGUGACAGGGAGGUUCUGCAUGACCUGAUAAACAUGCUGGAACUGAAUCAGAUGGGGCACAUGGAUGGCCCAGGUGGCAUAAUCCUAGCUGAGCUGCGAAAGGACUCAAUCCCCCCAUGGAUUGACCUAAAGAACCUCAUUCUUUAUCUCCUUCAAGCCCUAAUGGUGCUGAGUGAUAUCCAACUCAAUCUGCUUGCUCAGUCUAUGGAGAAGAGGCUCCUCCUGCAGCAACGAGAGCUGGUAAAGAGCAUCCUCCAGCCACACUUCAAGUAUCCCUGGUGCAUCCCCUUCACUCUCCAGCCGCAGCUUCUUGCCCCACUCCAGGGUGAGGGCUUGGCCAUUACUUACGAACUGCUAAAGGAGUGUGGUUUGCAGAUGGAGCUGGACAAUCCCAAAUCAACUUGGGAUUUGGAAGCCAAGAUGCCCCUGUCUGCCCUUUACGGGAGCCUUUCACUGUUGCAGGAACUUGUGGAAGCCUAAAUCUUCCCCCAAGCCUGCUCCUAGCUCAGUCUAUUGCUGAGUCCUGGAUACAUUUGAGAUAUCGCACUGUGGCGUUCAUAUGUGUGGUGAUUUGAGUGUAUGUCCUAAGCUGAUGGGAGUAAGGAUGCUUCGGGUUCAUUUAUUAAAAGUUACUAUUCAUUAACAAUUACAUAAGUAAUAUACUUUGAUCAUAUUCCACCUCCCCCCACUGUCCUUUUCUACCCAGCCCCUCCAAAUCCCUUCUUCCUAUCAGUUUCUCAUUCACUUUUUUUU